AUGUGCUUUUUCUUGUUUUCCACGUGUUACAUUUGUCCAGAAGGAGCUUAUGAAAUCGAAUCUGGUACCCAAACCAUUGAGGUAAGUGCUUUUGAAUCGUGUGCCACCCUAACAAGUAUUACAAUUCCUGAUAGUGUCACAUCAAUUGGAAACAAUGCGUUUGCAAGUUGUACUGGUCUUACAACUGUUAUAAUUUUAUCUGAGAGCAUUCAAUUCGGAUCGCAAGUAUUUCAUAGUUGCACUAGUCUUACAAGUGUAUCACUUCCUUCAAAAGUCACCGCACUUCCUAAUAAUUUAUUUUUUGGAUGUCAAAGUCUCAAAAAUAUAUUCAUCCCUCCCACAGUUACACGCUUUGGAGAUAAUCUAUUUGGUAGAUGUUCUAGUCUUGAAAGCAUAACGAUCCCACCAAAACUUGAAUAUAUUGCGUGGCAAGCUUUUGAUGGUUGCAUUAAUCUCAAAACUGUCAUAAUUCAAUCCACUGUGAAACCAACUGUCUCGUUUCCUUUUGGCACUUCUCAGGGCUUCGUCACUGAACUAAUAUUUGAAAGUGAAGUAUUUACAUUUUCUGAUAAUAGUCAAUUAUAUUCAUGUGUUAAAUCAAUAAAAUUCAAUCUUUCGCACGUUGACUCGUCCAAAAAACUUUAUGAAGUCACAUCUUUACCUUCUUUAGAAGGCUUUACAGUACUAGAGAAUAUUGACAUCAUUAAUAUUAAUAGUUUGAAAAUACCUGAAAAUUUUAUAGGAGCACAAGAUGUUAAUAUAACGAUUUAUUGUGAUGUCAGUGAAAUAAGCGAAUCAGCAUUUUCACGUGGUUCCAUUGGAAUCUUCUAUUACAAAGGAACAUCUUUUAUUGAAGGAGGAAAUUUCAUCAAAAAUUCAAUAAAUAAUAUUCGUGAAUAUUACAUCACAGAACUAUAUACAUUCGAAACUAUAGGCGGAAGUCCUGUAGCAGGACAUAUAUAUGCACCAAAAGCAACACCAGAACCUACACUUACACCAAUGCUAUCACCAGAGCCGACAUGGAAUGGAAGAUGGUUAGAUCCUCCAGGAGAAAUUAUUCGUGAAAACGAUGUCCCAGAAAUAAGAGAAACACAUCCUCCUUUACAAACAAAGUACUUAAAGACAAAUGUUCCAAAAAAGACUGCUAUAGUUAAUAUAUCGACAGGAACAAUCCUGAUUGUUAUUAUUUUGCUCUAUUCUGCAUUCAGUUUUAUGCGACAAUGUAAAUUUGUGAGCAGACUUAUUCAUGCAGAUGAAAUGGAAGAAAAAACGAUGAAUUAUCAUUUUCAUCAAGUGAUGGAUCAAUAUAUGUAA